GAGGGAUACGCGCUCUAGUUGUGGUGUUGCCAUGUGUGCAGGCGGGGACCAUAGCCCAAAACUCUUACAGUGAGAAGCGUAGUGAGUGCAUGUGGAUGCAGCCAGGCUCUCUGGGAUCUUUAUCAUUUUUUGUCCAAGCUCUCUACUUGUACUCUGACCCCAGAGAGGUCCAAAGGUCUGAGCGCAUUCGUCAUUUUUAGGAGCGCGGCGCUGGAGCCUCUUGUACAACUUUAAUUUCACUCCUCCCGAGUGAAGCAACCGCCGUGGCGCAAGUCGCUGUGCGCCGCAGAGGCUCUAAAAGUUACUCAGCUUGCUCAGAGAAAGAUCGAGUAACAUGUCAGCCACAUGGAUGCUGUCACCCAGAAGCGUAAGGCUUUUAAGCCGAGGUCGAAACGAGUUGUUUGCCGGUAGUAGCGGUGGAGCGCAGCGGCCCGGCGGGGGUCCCAGGGUCCGCUCACUCACCUCUCCCCCUCUGUCGUCCUCCUCUCCCGGCAGAGUCUUAUCCAGUCUGAGUGCGACGCGGCGUGGGCUCCCCAAAGAGAAGAUGUCCGAGAAUGGAGUGUCGUCCCGGGCCAAGGUGCUGACCAUCGACACCAUGAACCCCACGGUGAAGAAGGUGGAGUAUGCUGUGAGGGGCCCCAUCGUGCAGCGGGCUGUGGAGCUGGAGAAAGAGCUCUCUGAGGGAAUGAAGAAGCCCUUUGCUGAAGUCAUCAAGGCCAACAUUGGUGACGCCCAUGCCAUGGGCCAGCAGCCAAUCACUUUCUUCCGACAGGUCUUGGCGCUGUGCUCCUACCCUGAACUGCUGAAUGACAACACAUUCCCAGAGGAUGCUAAAAGUAGAGCACGCCGCAUUCUGCAGUCCUGUGGAGGGAACAGUAUAGGUUCCUACAGUGCCAGUCAAGGCAUAGACUGUGUGCGCGAGGAUGUGGCCCGCUACGUUGAGCGAAGAGAUGGCGGUGUGCCCUGCAACCCAGACAACAUUUACCUCACCACAGGGGCCAGCGACGGCAUUGUGACCAUGCUGAAGCUGCUGGUGUGUGGUGAGGGUGCGACCCUUACAGGCGUCAUGAUCUCCAUACCUCAGUAUCCGCUAUACUCGGCUGCGCUGGCCGAACUGGGCGCCGUGCAGAUCAACUAUUACCUUAAGGAGGAAAAGUGCUGGAGUCUGGACAUCAGCGAGCUGCAGCGUGCUUUGGAUGAGGCCCGGCGCCACUGCAACCCCCGAGCCCUGUGCAUCAUCAACCCUGGAAACCCCACUGGUCAGGUUCAGAGCAGACAGUGCAUUGAGGACGUAAUCCGAUUUGCAGCAAAGGAGCGUCUCUUCCUCAUGGCUGAUGAGGUGUACCAGGAUAAUGUGUACGCUGAUGGUUGCCAGUUCCACUCUUUUAAGAAGGUUUUGUUUGAGAUGGGGCCAGAGUACUCGAAUACAGUGGAACUGGCAUCUUUCCACUCCACCUCCAAAUGCUACAUGGGAGAGUGUGGUUUCCGCGGAGGCUACAUGGAGAUCAUCAACAUGGACGAGGAGGUGAAGGCCCAGCUGACCAAGCUGGUGUCUGUCCGUCUGUGUCCUCCUGUUCCUGGACAGGCUCUGAUGGACCUGGUGGUCAACCCGCCGUUGCCCGGGGAACCCUCGUAUGAUAAGUUUAUGAAGGAGCGCACAGCCACUUUAAGUGCCUUAUCCGAGAAGGCCAAGCUUACAGAAAAGGUCCUCAAUACCGUGCAAGGCAUCAGCUGCAAUCCUGUGCAGGGCGCCAUGUACUCCUUCCCUCGCAUAACCAUCCCUGAGAAGGCCGUCAAAGAGGCCACGGACAAAGGUCAGCAGCCAGAUAUGUUUUACUGCAUGAAGAUGCUGGAGGAGAUGGGGAUCUGUCUCGUACCUGGAAGUGGCUUCGGCCAGAAGGAUGGGACCUACCACUUCAGGUACUAACACGCUGUAAAUAUAUCUCUCUUCCAGGGCUGCAGCUG